AUGGAGACAAUCAACUUGCAGCGCAGGGACGAAGAGCUACCCUACAUAUAUGAGACCGUGGCCGUAGACUGCUACCUGUCCUCUUGUUAUGAUGAUCCCGAAUUUCUGAUCUGGAAUGGGCCCAGCAUCCUAUCUCCGCUUACACACCCCGAGGAUAUCUUUCGUUACGCCUCUGCCAUGCUGUCCUACCCCAUCGAUUGGUUAGAAAUGCACCUUACGGUCGUCCAUAAGUACACGUUCGAAUCGGUCGCCAUCUCGCCAUUCUUCCUUCCGCGCGUGGAGUGCACCCUCGGCAACCUCAGACGGUUUCGCAAUCAGAUCUGGGAAGUAUUUCGUCCGUAUAUACGGACCAUCGAUCACGCAGGUUAUCAAUUCCAAAUGUUCGUGUGGCCAAGAGGCGAGCAGGAGCCGAAUACCACAGGAAGAUUAGGGGUGUUAACAGGGUCAAACAUCAUCGAUCCUGAAAGAAUCCUGGAUCCAGAGCGUUUUGUUGAAAAUAUCUCUUGCGGCUUCUAA